AUGGCGGGCGGUUCGCAUCUCAAACGACUGAAGUCUUCGCUCAGAGAGCAAGGCCUGACCGGACCCCAAAAGUCCAAGAAGCAGAAGCGCCAGAUUGCGAACGACGGCAAGGCGAAGAACGACAAGCGCCUGAACCGAACCGAAGCCCUCAACCAGAUCCGGGAGCAGUUUAACCCAUUCGACUUGAAGCACAAUGCCCGAGGCCCCAAGUUUGAGGUGACGACCAAUCGCCCACCUACCGGCAAUGCCGCCAAGGGAAUUGCCGGCCGUCCGGUGGCCUCCACGACUGCGGCAGAGCAGCGGCGCCGGGACACACUCCUGCUCGAGAUGCAGAGGCGCAACAAGGUCGGAGGUAUCCUCGAUCGACGAUUCGGUGAAAGCGACCCCAACAUGGCGGAGGAGGAGAAGAUGCUGGAGCGUUUCGCCCGCGAGAAGCAGAGGUCCCACAAGAAGACGAACCUCUUCGACCUCGAGGAGGCUGAGCCUCUGGGCGAGCUCACUCACGGCGGCGAGGCCUUGACUCUGGAUACGCAACUGGUUGACGACUUUGACGAGGACGAUCUCGACUCGGACGAUGACGAAGGCCUGGCAGAGGCUCGCAAGCGGGCGCUCAAGCGCAUCCGAGAUGCCGAGGCUGAUGAGGAAGGGGAGGGUGGCGAGGGCGAACCGGAGAGGAAGAAGAGCAAGAAGGAGGUCAUGGAAGAGGUCAUCGCCAAGUCCAAAGCCUACAAGUACGAACGACAAGUUGCCAAGGAUGAAGACGAAGAGCUUCGCGGCCAGCUGGACAAAGAGCUCCCUGAGCUGCAGAUGCUGUUGGCAGCUCGCGUGCGCAAGAAUGUCCCCAAGGACGAUAAGCCGCCUCAGCUCGUUGCAGGCAUGGAAAAGGCUGCGUUCGACAAGGACUUCGACCGCAGGCUGAAACAACUCAUCCUUGACAAGCGAUCGAAGCCCACCGAGAGGACCAAGACGGAUGAGGAGAAGGCGGAGGAAGAGGUGACGAGACUCAAGAAACUGGAGUCUGACCGCCAAAAGCGCAUGAGGGGAGAGUCCGUCUCUGAUGACGACAACGAAAGCGAGGACGACAAGAUCAACGAGGAACCAGUUGAGGAGCCUGCUUUCCAGUUCUUUACUGAGGACCCAGAGGAAGAUUUUGGUCUCGGAAAGGGAGUGCAGGCAUCCAAGGGCCGUUCGAAGGGGCGUCCGUCUGCUGAUGAGCUUGGAGGUGACGAGGACGAUUUCUUCAUCGACGAUGAUCUUGUGGCCAGCGGCUCCGACCUCGACAUUGCCGAGAGCGAUCUGGAGGAGGAAACAGAUUUGUCUGGCGACGAGCAAGAGGAAGCCGACGAGUCUGAUGACGAAUUCACCAAAGGCCUUUUGAACGAGUCUGAAACGAGGAGUAACAUCUUCACCACAGGAGCACCAGCGAACGGCAAAGUUGACGCCUCCGAUCUGCCAUACACCUUUCCUUGCCCUGAGACGGUCUCCGACUUUGUGGUGCUGGCCAAAAAGUACCCGAUCGACAAGCUUCCGACCAUUGUGCAACGUAUCCGAGCAGUCUACCACCCGAAACUUGAUAGUCGGCACAAGGAGAAGCUGGAGCACUUUGCCAUUGCGCUCGUCGAUUACAUUGCGAUGGACCACGUCGAACUAGGCACGCCUUUCCAGGUCAUCGAACAAAUUAUGCGACAUAUUCAUUCGCUGGCGAAGACAUUCUUCCCAGUUGAGAUAGCUGUUCGAUUCCGGCAUCACAUCAAAGAGAUGGAAGAACAGCGACCGCAAGCUCUGCAUACUGGUGAUUUGAUCCUUUUUACCGCCGUUGGCAUGUUCCCUACCUCGGAUCACUUCCACCAGGUUGUCACACCAAUGAUGUUGACUAUUGAUCGGUACUUGAGUUUGAAAGCACCGAAGACCCUCGACGACUUGGCGACAGGUGCAUACCUUUCCACCCUCGUUCUUCAGUACCAAGCCUUCUCGAAGAGAUAUAUGCCUUCAGUUAUGAACGUCUGCCUCAACACAAUCGCCGCGGUAGCACCGCAGAAGGCUUCAUGGCCAGGGACUUUCCCAGUACACGAGCCUGCAGCGGAUGUGAGACUUUUGAGCACGAAGAAGGGCACGAUUCGCAAGCUGAAGAUUUCGGACUGCACUCCACAGGAGCAGACGAAGGAAGAGCGCCAAGAGCUCAAGCUUGCACUUCUCGCCGCAUCUCCGCAACUCUUGGCAGCAGCCGCCGAUAUAUGGGCCUCCGCAAGCGCGUUCACCGAGACGUUUAGUCCGGCGCUGGAAAUGAUUUCUCAGCUCACAAAGCCAAAGAACUCGCAGCUGCCUCCUGCGCUGGUCGAUCAACUGGAGAAGGUAAUCCUCAAGCUCCGCAUCCUCAGCAACUCAGCCCGCCUUGCGCGCCGUCCGCUUGAGCUUCACCACCAUCGCCCGCUUGCCAUCAAGAUGGGCAUUCCCAAGUUCGAGGACAGUUUCGACCCCAACAAGCACUACGACCCCGAUCGCGAUCGCGCGGAGCUGGCCAAGCUGCGGGCAGAGCACAAGCGGGAACGCAAGGGUGCCAUGCGCGAGCUCCGCAAGGAUGCGCGUUUCAUGCAGCGCGAGAACCUGCGGGUCAAAAAGGCCAAAGACGAGGCGUACGAGAAGAAAUACAAGAGGCUCGUGGCCGAGAUUCAGAACGAAGAAGGUCGGGAGGCGAAUGCAUACGAGAGGGAGAGGGAGGGCAGAAAGAAAGCGAGAAGCAGCAGGUAG